GAUUGCUAUUUGAGAGAGCAAGUGCGGGCAGGCUGGGCCGAGUGGCCGUCCUCUGUGCUCUAAGAUUGCCAAUCGCAUGGUAUAGAUGACAGGAUCAUGGUUUAAAGUCUCCGCCGUGUCGGUUACUAGGGGCGGGUCCGCGUUUUAAGUUCCCCCGUGCUCCGCCCCCCCGUCCCAGGUAUAUAGUUCCGGGUGCUGAGGGCCCCGGUAUUCCGACAGUAUGGUUACCAGUUCGGAGGCUCUGAUCCUUGGCUCUCGGGUUCUGCUCUGCGCUGUGGUGGUGUUCGGGCUCCUGAGAGCGGCGGAGGCGGGAAGAAAACUGAAAUUCGUCAACCUGAUUUAUCGCCAUGGAGACCGAUCACCUGUCUCAACUUACCCAAAGGAUCCGCAUACAGAGAAGGACUGGCCCCAAGGUUUUGGGCAGCUUACCCAGGUUGGGAUGAGGCAACACUACAAACUGGGCCAAUAUCUACAACGUCGUUACAAAGACUUCCUCAACUCCUCGUACCACCGGGAAGAGAUUUAUGUUCGGAGUACAGAUGUUGACCGGACUCUAAUGAGCGCUCUGUCGGAUCUCGCUGGUCUGUACCCUCCACAUGGACAUCAGAUCUUUAAACCUGACCUUAACUGGCAACCAAUUCCUGUGCAUACAGUACCUGCGGAAGAUGAAAAGUUGCUGAUGUACCCAUUGAAAAACUGCCCUCGCUAUGAAGAGUUGUUGAAUGCGACAAUGAAUUGCCCACAAUACAAGGCAAUAAUGCGGGAGAACCAUGACUUUCUGAAGAUGUUAUCUAUAAAUGUGGGGGUUCCCUUUCAGCAAGUUUCGCUGCUUACUGUGUGGUGGAUUUACGACAUCCUGUACUGUGAGCGAGCUCACAACUUCACCCUUCCAGCCUGGGUGACUCCUGACAGAAUGGAGCAUAUGAGGCAACUGAAGGAAUUUGCCCUCAAGUCUGACUAUGAAAUGUACAAGUGGAAGGAGAAAUCACGGCUCCAAGGGGGUGUGCUCCUCAAGCAAAUCCUCCAAAACAUUACUCGAGCAACAUGUGACAGCAAUUCCAAUCCCCGUCUCAAAUUGAUCAUGUAUUCGGCGCAUGACACAACAAUCGCAGCCCUUCAAAUGGCUCUCGGUGUUUACAGCCUUGCUCCAACAUAUGCUGCCUGUCAAAUAUUUGAGCUUUACCAAGAGAAAGAUGGGUCCUUCACUGUGGAGAUGUACUACAGAAAUGAGAGCAAUUCUGAGGCAUACCUUCUCACUUUGCCAUCUUGUACCAAAAGCUGCCCAUUAAAAAAAUUCAUCCAAAUUACUGCAGACGUGAUCCCAAAGAACUGGGAAAAGGAAUGCCGAGUUCAUCACAGCAGCAUCCAAAUAGAGCUGAUUCUGGGAUUGGCCAUUGGCUCCUGCUUUCUGCUAGUGAUCCUUUUUGUGUGUUUGAAGCUCUGGCGUCGAGACAUGGACCAACCUCUGGGCUACCAGAAACUCACCACCCACAAUGAAGAGACUGAGAAAAUGCUCUCGGCCUGAGUAGGGCAAGAAAGAUAAUGAGACUAGGAGCGGUCUAAAGCCUGUGGGGAGGCGAGGCUGCUAGCUUUAAAUGGGCUUUUAUUUGUUUGAUAAGCAGGCAUUUUAAUUCUGCUCUUUUGAUCAUCAUGGGGUUGAAAAAAUAGUUUUUGCUUCAGAAAACUAGCAUUGAUUAGAAAAUAGGAGUUUAAACUGUGGGAGGAAAGAGGAGAAAUGGCAAUUGUUUUGUUUUAAAGUGCUGUAGUGAAGUGAGUUUUUUUUAAAUAGCUUGUGGUGUGCGGGGUGGGUUAGUUCAAUUGUCUUUACUGUGACACAGGCCUUUUAAAACAUCUCAAUGGACACAAGUUGGUCAGCACCUGUCCCAAGUUACUACUAACCAUAAUGCAGAGACAGCAGAUCUUGUGGUGACCUGUGGAUGUGGAUAUAUCCCUGAUACUGAUACACUCAUGUAUCCAGGGUUACAGGCAAGCUGCUUCCUCCAGUUAGCCACUGGUUACAUGAAAGUCAUUGCUAUAAGAAAGACUUGCAUUUAUAUAGUGCCUUUCACAGUCCCAGGUCACUCAAAGCUCAUUGAAAUGUAGUCACUUUUGUAGUGUAAGAAACAUUGCAGCCAAUUUAUGCACAGCAAGGUCCCACAAGCAGCAAUGAGUUUAAAAAACCAGAUCCUUUAUUUAGUGAUGGUUGUAGGAUAAAUAUUGGCUGGAAUACUAGAGAGAACUGCCCUGCUCUUCUUCCAAAUACUGCCAUGGGAUCCAUUACAUCCCCACCCCUCUCCAACCAGGAGGAUCUGUGAAUCAGUGAGCGGGGGGUGCGGGUGGUGGUCUGUGAAUUGUGGGGGUGCUCUGAAUUGGGAGGAGGGGCUCUGUGAAUCGUGGGGGUGCUCUGAAUUGGGGGAGGCCUUGUGAAUUGGCAGGUCGACGGGGCAGUGAGUUGAUGGGUCAAUGGAUUAGUGCGUUUGUAACGUGUGAUUUGGAAUGUGUGCUUGCUGGUCUCAGUAAGUCAGGUAACUGUUUUAUUAGGGGCAGCAAUGCAGUAAUGCACAAUGUAUUCAUCUUCUACCAGUGUGAGACUGUGAAACCCACUCCCUUUAUUAAGGCAAUUUAACUGCUAUAUUGUAUUUGGGGCUUAUUAGAAAUCAGCAGGAAAUAAUUAGCUUUUUUUGAAAUGCUGUUUUUUCUUGAAGUUGUGACAGAAAUGUGAACUCCUUUUAGGUUUGUGAACCUCCACUGGCAUUGCUCACAUGGCCUGUUUAAGCAAACAGAAUGUGGGCAUCAUUUGAGUAAGGUGACAUUGUCAACACUGCAGGAGAUAGUUAUGACCAGUUCUUUUGCAGUAUUAUCCACUGAAUUCAUUGUUAGAUUAUAUCUCACAGGUGGAGGUGUUCACAACCUUUGUUUAAUUUGUCGUCUCUUGGCCAUCUCUACACAAGAUAACCAUUCAAGGUGGGCUAGGAUACUGGAGCCGGCUUGACACGUGUUUUGUUCUCAUGAUGUGGGAGUUGUAGGUUUUCAAGGAAGUAUGUGGAGAGACCAUCUUUACAGACUUGCGAUGGUGAAGAUCUCUACCCUCCUCCUAUUUCUAAUGUCAAUCCUUACCACUCCAACCCCUUGUCUCUCUCAGCAGUUUCUAUUUGUAAACACCAAUGCUUUCAUAUGGUGGUUGAGUUAGUGGAUAAGUAAUCCAGAUGUUUGGGAAUCGAAAUCACACUAUGGAAAUGUGAGAAUUUGGAAGUAAAAAGUUGGGAUUGGUAAAAGUGAUGAUGAAAUUGUCUUGUCUUAAAAAGCCAAAAAAUUUAUAAAUGCCCUUUAGGGAAGGGAAUCUGGGAAUCUGGUGUCCUGGCCCAUUAUGGCCCAUCCAUCUGGUGUCCUGGCCCAGUAUGGCCCACCCAUGACUCCAGACCAACCGCAGUGUGGUUGACUCAAUUGCCCUUAGUUCAAAGAGAAGGCAAGCCCACCACCUUCUCAGUGAUGGGCAGUGAAUGACAACCUUACCAGUAGGAGUAUGAAUACUGUUACAAUCACUGUAGAAACAAUUUCCUAACAAGAUUUCACUUUAAAACUAAAAUAAGCAUGAUUCAAAUAUUAACCAAGGAAAAUGGUGUAUCGAUUUAAAAAAAAAACAGUAAAGUUCUUUAACUUGACGUCAUACUUUGGACACACAGGCAGUGCCAGCUUCUCCCAGCUCCCGGGCUGAGCUCAGUCACUCCUCACCAUGCCGAGUCUAAUCUUCCAAUGUCCACACCAACUGCUCCACUCCCACUGAGUCAUCCAGAUACGCUUAUCAUCAACAAGGCACACCUUGAUCAAUCCCUCUCCAUCAGGUCAUAACUCUUCUGACAAUCCAGAGAUUCCUGUAUCCAACCCCUUUAAACAGUUUUUCCCACUUCUGCUCCCAACCAUUUUCUACAGAACAGAGAAGACCUGUUCCUGGGAGAACUCCAAUUCUCUUCUGUUGUGCCUCAGCUGCGGCCUUUUGUUCUGUGAGCUUUUGUUGGAGCUGCUAGAAACUACAACACAACACCUCAGUGGGGAAACUAAUGAUCCUCCUUUCUCAACUUCCAUCCCCGUGGCAACCCAAAGUCACGUGAGCACUUCUCUGAACUGAGAUGUUUACCAGGAAUUUGCCUCCCACCCUUUCAGAAUUACCUUUCACUUUGAAAGUUAAAGGGACAUUUCAAACAUAAUUGUCAGCAUUCAUGACAGUACAUAACUUUGAGAGAGGCUGUGCCUAGAAACACUUCUUUUUAAAGGUCCUUAUGAAAGGGAGAUUUUUAAAAAAAUUUUUUGUGGGAUGCGGGUGUUGCUGUCAAGUCCAGCAUUUGUUGCCCAUCCCUAAUUGCCUUUGAGCUAAGUGGCUUACCAGGCUCUUGCCAUUUAAGAGUCAACCACAUUGUUCUGGGUCCAGACCCAGCAGAUUUCCUUCCCUAAAGGACAUUAGUGAAUCAGAUGGGUUUUUACAACAAUCAAUGAUAAUUUCAUGGUCACCAUUGCUGGGACUAGCUUUAUAUUCAGGAAUUUAUUAACUGAAUUUAAAUUUCACCACUGCUGUGGUGAGAUUUGAACCGGUGUCCCCAGACCAUGAGCUGGGGCCUUUGGAUUAUGAGUCCAAUGACAUUAAUAUUACGCCAUCAUCUGAAAACAUAAAACAGUAAGACAAACUGCACCCUCCCCUGCCAGUAAUUUCAUCCUCUGUUUUUCUAUAAACCCUGUUGAUCCAUAUUUUACAGUUGUUGAAAAUCUAAAACAAAACUGAACAUGCUAGAAAAACUCAGCAGGUCUGACAGCAUUUGUGGAGAGAGAAACAGAGUUAACGUUUCAGGUUGAAUAUGAUUCUCCUUUCAAGACUGGGGUGAAUAGAUUUUAUCGAUAGCGUUACCUAGGGAAAUAGAGCAAAAGUGGACAAAUAGAACAGAGAUACAAAUUAUCUGUAAAUAUAGGCAAAAUACUGCAGAUGCUGGAAAUCUGGAACAAAAACAAAAAAUGCUGGAAAAACGCAGGCCUGGCAGCAUCCGUGGAGAGAGAGAGAGAGACAAGGUUGACAUUUCAAGUCCAUAUGACUCUUCUGUGAUGCGAAUGAGGGGCGGAAUGACACUGGAGGGCUGAACAACCUCCUUCUAGUUCAGUGAUCUCUGUUGAAUUAAGAAAGUACUUGAGUGUUACAAUUUCAUCAAUUUUCAUGUGUUGAAUGCAAUAAAGUUUAAUUUUUUUCUCCCCA